CUCUCUCUCUCUCUCUCUCUCUCUCUCUCAGUGCGUAUACUACGACGAAGGCGAAGGAGCGAUCUAUUUACGGGGCGAAACUUAAAAAGGAAAAGGAAAAGGAAAAAGAAAAGAAGGAGAGCGCGCGCGGCGAGCCCUAAACCUCAUCGUCGUCGUCUCCAACCCUCGGCUUCGCCCCCGCUCAUCUACUCUUCUCCGAUCACGAUCUCGUCGCAGAGCGCUGUCUUAGGGUUUUCCUUGGUCUCCGCUUCCUUGCGAGCUCCGUAUCAAGCCCUAACCCUCCUCUUCUUCUACUGAUCCAAGACUCCUCCGCCCCCUCUCCCGUAUGGACGUAGAAACGGGUGAUCGGUACGGGAACAAGAGGAUGCACAACAGGUUAGGGCCGUCCCACCCCACUUCGUCGUCGUCGUCGUCGGCGGCGGCGGCGGCGGCGGCGGCGGUAAACGACAGGGCGAACAAGGUGUGCUACCAUUGGCGAGCGGGGCGGUGCAAUCGCCACCCCUGCCCUUUCCUCCACAGCGAGCCCCCGGCGGCGCCCGACGGUGUCGGGGCAUCGAAGCGGCCGAACAACCAUUGGCGGAACCCUAACGCCGGCCCCCCUUCCAACUGGGGGAAGGGAAGAGGGGGCGGCGCCGCUGGAAGGGCUCCGGCCAAGGUGCCGGAUCGGCCGUGUAAGCACUUCCUCGCCGGGAAUUGCCCGUACGGCGAGAACUGCAGGUUCUUGCAUUCGUGGUUUGUUAGCGAUAGCUUCUCCUUGCUGACGCAUCUUCAGGGGCACCAAAAGGUUGUUACGGGGAUCGCACUUCCAUCAGGGUCGGACAAGCUAUACUCAGGUAGCAAAGAUGAAUCUGUUCGACUGUGGGAUUGUCAGACUGGGCAGUGUGCCGGUGUCAUCAACGUUGGAGGUGAAGUUGGCUGUAUGAUUAGCGAAGGGCCGUGGAUAUUCAUUGGUAUUCCCAAUGCUGUUAAGGCAUGGAAUACACAAACGGGAACAGAUCUAAACCUUAGUGGGCCUACUGGACAAGUCUAUGCUCUAGUAGUUGGUAACGAGAUGCUCUUUGCUGGUAUACAGGAUGGAAGAAUUUUGGCAUGGAAGUUUAGUGCUGUAGGGAAUUGCUUUGAGCCAGCCGCUUCUCUUGUUGGCCAUAGGCUUGCUGUGGUCUCGAUGGUUGUUGGAGGGAUGAGGCUUUACUCUGGUUCAAUGGAUAAUACUAUAAAAGUAUGGGACCUUGCAACUUUCCAGUGUAUUCAGACCCUUUCUGACCAUGAAUCAGUUGUUAUGUCAGUUCUUUGCUGGGAUCAGUUUUUAUUAUCUUGUUCAUUGGACCAAACAAUAAAGGUUUGGGCUGCUACGGAAACUGGGAACCUUGAAGUAACGUAUACACAUAAAGAAGAACAUGGAGUGCUUACACUCUGCGGGAUGCAUGAUGCUCAAGCAAAACCUGUUUUGCUAUGUUCAUGGAAUGACAACAGCGUCCGCCUCUAUGACCUGCCAUCGUUCAGUGAGAGGGGUAGAAUAUUCUCCAAGGAGGAAGUGAGAGCGAUCCAAAUUGGCCCCGGUGGCUUGUUCUUUACUGGUGACGGAACUGGUGAACUGAAGGUGUGGAAAUGGUUGGCGCCGAACGAGAGGUCAACUUCUUGAGUGUAGGCUGAAAAAUAAGGAAGUCUUGUAUUUUAUAUUCAUUUUCUCAUGUAAUUUAUGAGGAAUUACUUGAGGUGCAAUGGAAGUCGAGAUGUACUGCAGGGCAAUGUUAGCAUUUGCGUAUUGAUCUUCUGUUGUUUUCCAUCCAAGCACUUGGUCUCAAAAGAACUCGUAUUGACAGUGUAGCUGCAGAGAAGGGAGUAAACUCGCAUUGCCGCAUUAGGUUUAUGUAGGAGUGGUGAUCAUUUAUGUACCAUAAGAGAAGGAAUAAUUCCAAAUUCGUGAGUUGUUUUAUGUUGCAAAUGGUACAUAAGAGAAGGAAUAAUUCCAAAUUCGUGAGUUGUUUUA